AUGGCCGACUUCGACGAUAUCUUGCAUGUGCUAGGCUCUGACGGCUUCUCGUUGUCUGAUCUGGCCGGCUUCAGCUCAGGCAGCGCUCAGAAGCAACUCGACGACUACGAACAUCCAAAGGGCAUCUUCUCCGCAGCUGAUGGCUGGCGGGAAGGGUCGGUGGAGAUUCCGCUUCCCAAGACGAGGGAGAAGCACGCGUCCGAGGAUCUCGCGCCCAAGUUCAAGGUUGACGGCAUACAUUAUCGCAGCAUAACCGAGAUCAUCCGUGGGGCUGCCGAGGACAAGCGCUUUUCCAAACAAUAUCAUUGGUCCCCUCACACGCUGUUCUGGACUCCCCCGCCUCCUCGCACCCCUUCCUCCCCUCCCAUUCGAGUUAUCACCGACGUCUACAACGCGGACCGAAUGCUUCGAGAGUUCGCCAAAAUUCAAGCACAGCCGAGGAACAUCGCGGACGACGCUUCUGUGGAGUAUGGAAUCGCCUCCAUCAUGCUGUGGUCUGACGAGACCCACCUUACGAGCUUCGGGUCAGCGGGACUGUGGCCGAUCUACCUGUAUCUCGGCAAUCUGUCGAAAUACAUCCGUGGGAUGCCGACGCAGUUUGCCGCCCACCAUCUAGCCUACAUACCUUCGCUGCCCGACCAGAUCAAGGACGCUUAUAAAAGCGAGUACGGGACAUCACCCUCGAAGGAUGUCCUCACGUUCUGUAAGAGAGAGCUUAUACAGAGGAUAUGGCUGCUUCUCCUUGAUAAGGAGUUCAUGACCGCAUAUGAACAUGGCAUUCUUGUGACGUGCGGUGAUGGCGUAGUCCGGAGGAUAUUCCCCCGCAUAUUAUCAUACUCUGCCGACUACCCCGAGAAGAUGCUGCUGACAGCGGUUAAGCCGUUGUCCAACCACCCCUGCCCCCGUUGUCUCAUCCACCACGACGACCUCUGCGAUGCAGGAACUCCCGAAGACGCUAUCCGCCGCGCAGAAGUGCGCACCGACACCUCAGACGUCCGCCGGCAUAUUGCACGCGCCCGCGCCCUCGUGUUCAAGAAAGGCGUCGCCCUGUCGAGCAAGAAACUCAAGAAGAAGCUUGACUCGCAAUCACUGAACCCGAUACAGAGCGCCUUCUCGGCGCGCUUCGCGAAGUUCGGAAUGAAUUUCUACGAGUUAUUUGUCCCCGACCUCAUGCACGAGUUUGAGCUCGGCGUCUGGAAGGGAACUUUCAUCCACUUGAUGCGGCUGCUUUCGGCACAGGGCGAAGACGUUGUCCAGGAGUUCAACCGGCGGUACGUGUACUAUACCACUAUUUAUGCGCGCAUCGAACUAAUAUUCACAUACGCGAUAGGAUGCGCAACAUGCCGACGUUCGGGCGGGACAAGAUACGCAAGUUCUUCGAUGAUGUAUCGUCUCGCAAGCAGCUGGCCGCGCGUGACUACGAGGAUUUUCUCAUCGUGA